AUGUUUAUAUUCUUUCACUUAAUAGUAUUAGCCAUACAAUUCACUAUCAAAGUCGAUUAAGUUUCAUGCACAUGUCCAGACAUUCCACAAGAAGAUAUCUGUAUUGAAACGAAGGUUUGUAAAUGGGAGGAUGGAUCAUGUUAAAAACUGAAUUGCACCGAUGCAACUGAUCAAGAAUGGUGUGAUCGAAUAUUGCCAAAUUCAUAUAAAUGUGCUUGGAAUUAGGGAAAGUGCGAUGCAUUUACUGCUUGUUCAGACUAUAUAGUCUCCAAACCUUAAGAAUGUUUUGAAAAAUGGUUCUGUGCAGAUGGUGGCCUUACAGCAAGUGGACUUUAUGCUUGUACAGAUUUAAAUACAGAUGAUACAGAUGAAGGUCAGGAGAUUAUAUGUUAAGAUGUAAAAAUAGAAGAGGAAUGUGUUGGUUUAUAAUAAGAUGGCAAUUAUUGUAUUUGGGAUUCUACAGCUCAGAAUUGCAAUGCUAUAGGUAUUGAAAGCUGUGGUGAUGCUUCGAAUACAACCUAAGAGUAUUGUAGAGACACAUCAUGUGAGUGGAGUGAGUCCAAUAAUGAGUGCAUGGAUUUAUCUUGUGAUUUAUUCAAAAGCGAGGAUAAGUGCAAUUUAUACUUUAGCUUUGAUUUAUCCGAAGUCACACGAUGUUUAUGGAAUGGUACAUCAUGCUUAGAUUUUGAUAUAACAGAACUACCUUCAGAGCAGUGUUUGAAUAUGACAUUAAAUACUUAUGUUUGGAACUCGGUUUAAUCGCGAUGUGUAGAAUGUGCUGAAAGUUUAAUCCUUAAAUUAACUUUAAUUUUAAUUUUGAUUUAUAUUUGA